AUGCAGCUGGAGCAACACGUGAGAACGCUCAAGGUGAGGAUGCUUAUAGCGGCAGGGAGGAUCGCGACAGGGGAGGCAGAGUCUGGUGGAGAGGCAGGUGAGAAGCUCGGGCAGGUAGGUGAGAAUCUCGGGAAGAAUGACAUUGGCAAGCGAACAGCUGAGACUCUUAAAGAGGCCAUUCAUUUGGUUCCUGGAUGGCAGGCCACAGCAGCACAGGGGAAGAAGCUGCCUUCUGCCUCCUCCGCUGGAGCAGCUGCAGCUGCUGCCACGAGUGCUGCUGGCGGUGGCUUUGCAGCUAUCAAGCACGCGUUUAAGCAGAUAGUGCUGUCACGCAUUCAGCCCGUGAUCAUGCGGCAAAAGGAGCAUCACCACGUGAAAGGGGUGAUCAAGAAGGCAGCGCAGAGAGCAGGCAAGUGGGCCGCAGCCAUGGGCACGAAAAGCUGCCCUCCCUGCCCUGACUGCUCUCUGCAGCAACUACAACAGCAGCAGCUGCUGCUGCAGGGUGGGAAUGGGAAACACAUGAAGCAACUGCAGCAGCAGCGGCAGGAGGAGGAGGAAGGAUUGGCAGAGAUUGACUUGCGGUUUCCCUCAGCCUCAUCCGACUCCUCUGGAUCUGCUCUUCGCGUCGUCGGACCGCUCUGCACCGCAUCGGGUUUCGUCGACUGCGGCUGCCCGUACGGCGAGUCGGGCAGGGUGGAAUUUUCUGGAGGGCUGCCAGGGCAGGAGCAGCACGAGAGUGAGGAGGGGGAAGGGGAGAAGAAGCCUCUGUGUGUGGACGGCAGUUCUCCGGGCAGAUGGACAGGAUUCGACCAAUGGGAGGCUGACAACUGUCAGUACAGGGACAUUCCACAAGCUGAGAUGCAUCAAUGUCUCAACUCCAAGUGGGUGCACUUCUUUGGAGACCACACCUCCCGCCUCCUCGCCCUGCAUUUCGUGCGCCUGCUGGGGCUGCAGCAGCAGGGCGGGGAGGGGGAGGACGGGGAGGAGGGGGGAGACGCGGACGGGCCGUUUGGGGGAGGCGGGGGAGGGGAAGGGGAGGGUGGGGCGGGAGGCGAAGGGGGGGACGGCGGAGAGGGGGGAGAGGGUGGGGAGGGGUUGGGGGAAGGUGGGGGAAAGGGGGGGGAGGCAGGGGCGCGAGGGCCUGGGGUGGCAGAGGGAGUGGAAGAGGAGGGGGACGGAGAGGGGGGUGGGGUGGGUGCUGGUGGUGCUGGUGGGGGGGGCAGGGGGCGGGGGGAGGUUACUGCAGAUGAUGUGGGGGAGGUGGUGAGGUGGAGGAGAAGGCUGGCCUUGAGUAUUGAGAUGUCUCGAAGGUCAGUGGCAGGAAGUGGAGAGACGGAGGGGAAACUGGAAGAAUGGGAAGGGCUCCGGGGCACGUCGGAGCAGCGGGAUCUGAACGAGGUGACUUUUGAGUCGACUAAAAAUUCUCCCGCAUUCCUUGCCCUCUUGCUUCCCUGCUCCCAACAAUUCCUUGUACAGCCGCGCACAGCGGAGCAGCGGGAUCUGAACGACCAGUUUCUUCUCAACAUGACAAAGAAAGGCGGGCGGCCGGAUUUUAUUGUGAUGGGCGUGGGGGUGCAUGAGGUGAUGGGGUGGGGGAAGAGGCCCCCUCCUGACCUCGACUUUGAUGCGUUCCGGGAAGAUACCGAGAAGCUUCUGGAUCUGCUGAGACGGACGUAUGGAGGAGGAAAGGUGGUGUGGUGGAAGGCGAAUUACAUCUGGCCAGGUAGGUUUCAGGUGGAUUCAGGAUCUCAAAGAAGGUAA